AUGGCUUCUCGGCUUGUAUUUGAUCCCAUGGCUGCUCUUGCUGUAGCCCCUCUAGUCUCGUCGACCUGCACACUCUGGUAUGCCCUCGAUCAACACCAUUUCCUGCGCGUGUUCACGUCUCCAACCAAUCGACCCAAAUCCGAUUUUAUUCUACCCACGUACUUUAAAGAGUUCUUCUCGGCAGGACUUCCUCGUGUGAUCGGGCUUCUUGGCUUGACAUUCUGGACAUCAAUUGGGAAUUACUAUUGGCGAUAUGACUCAUUGGUCGCUAGUCAUUCACUACGAUGGUAUAUAGCAGGUGCCGCGCUUUCGGCUAGCCAUCUGUUAUUUGUGCCUUUGGUAGCACCUCGUAUUCGCGCUAUUGUCGAGGAUGACCCGUCAAAAGGUCCGCCUACUAGUGUUUUGGAUGAAUGGUUGAAUAUCCAUUUCCUGCGUACCUGGACGGUGGAUUUGGCUGCAUGGGCAUGUUUAGCGGUGGCUGUGGCUUCAAAUCCUCAUACAUUGGUAUCAAUGGGUCUCCAGCUUAUUGAAUAG